GUAUUGUGGGUACUCAACCGACUGUCCGUUGCAACACCAUGGUCCUGCUGCGACAUCGCGAGAUGACAAUCCACUGCCCUCAGUGUCUGUGAUGACUCGCCUACGGUUGAAUAAACAGUCCUGCUCCUCAAAAGCUCCCAGGUCUUCUUAUCCCUAUGUGUAAGCCUGACCACCAGGUACUUUGGAAGUUUGGAUCUAGCGUUGGCCAGCUCGCUUGAGAACCAAACAGCAGAUGUAAACCAAAGUUGCCUUUUCGCUUCACGAAUCCUUCUCCGAAUUGCAGUCAUCCUCGACAGGGGAAGACCAAAUUGAUCGCCCAGCCGCGGCUCUCGUCGCAUGGCAGCGGCGGUAUGUUUCGCCUUUCGCUGAAGCAUGCCACGGCCCACAUUCGGCCGGUGACGAGGACGAGGGAGCUGGGUGUGGCAUUUCGCGCCCACUAUUCGCAUAAUCAUGGGCCGAUAUGGCGUCCUAUGUCUGUCCUGGACGAAUGGGUCGCAAAGGAAGCUCGGCCUAUUAGUCUGCGCCAACUGAUGGUGUUCGGCCGCUCAUUGACUGAACCGAGACUGAUCAGUUCGGCCAACUAUGUACGGACUGAGUUGCCAACAAGAAUUGCCCACCGGAUUCGCGACAUGCAGAUACUGCCAUAUUCUGUAGUCACGAACCCCCACAUGAAGGAGGUCUACGAGCUGUACUACACUGCUUUCGACACGUUCCGGAAAGUCAAGGAAAUCAAGACGCUCCAAGACAACGACCGCUUCUGCGAGACUAUCCGCUCCAUGCUCAAAGCCCAUUUGACCGUCAUACCAAAGCUAGCGAUGGGUGUGCUCGAGUGUAACGGCUUGAUGGACCCGGCUGAGCUCGACAAGUUCAUGAACACGAUCCUUCGAUCUCGCAUCUCUCGCCGUGUCAUUGCUGAGCAACAUCUCGCCCUGACAGACACCUUCCACGCCCCCUGGUUCUCACCUGGCGCCAAGCUCCCCGAAACCGAGUUCAUCGGCGAGGUGUUUCUCCGGUGUGUCGCCAAAGACGUAAUCGAAAGGUGCGGCGCCGCCAUCAGGGACAUCGCCCAGCGCGCCUACGGCCCAGACGUUAUCCUCCCCGAGAUACGCAUCGACGGCCACCUGGAUGCGACUUUCCCCUACAUCCUCAGCCAUCUCGAGUACAUCAUUGGCGAGCUGCUCCGCAACUCAGUGCAAGCCGUGGUAGAGAGGUCUCAGCAGCUCAACAACAAGGGCGACGACACAACGCCCCUGAAACCCCCGCCCAUAGAGGUAACUAUCUGCGAGAGCUCCCAGCACGUCAUAAUACGCAUCUCGGACAGGGGCGGCGGCAUACCCGCCGACAAGCUGCCCUAUCUUUGGUCCUUCACCAAGGGGCCGGCAAGUGACAAGAUCCUGGCCAAUCUGGAGCAGGUGCCCAAGAUGGCUGCCACGAUGCAGGAGCUCCAGGUGGAAGGGCACUAUCACGGGGGCGACGACCAUCAAGGAGCCGCCGAUUCCGUGGACAAACAUGGCCAAGGCAGCGGUGGUGGCGGGAGGAAGAAGCACGAGAAGGACGGGCCACAGGCCAACGUGACCAGCUCGCUGGCGUCGCUCUCGAGCCGGCCGCCUAACUUGCGGCUCGGUAUGGGCCUUCCCCUCAGCAGGGUAUACGCCGAGUACUGGGCCGGCACGCUGUCGCUGCAUAGCCUCGCCGGGUACGGCGUGGAUGCCUUUCUGCAAGUCUCCAAGCUCGGCAAUAAAAACGAGCAACUGACUACGCGGGCGAGCAUGGAUGCAGUGUAGGAUUAACGUAAUAUGCCUACUUGACAGGUUACAGGAGUAUUCAUGGAAGUAUCGGCACUCGGACGCGGCAUAGCAUAGCUCAAACACUGAUUCGAAGGGAAAACAAACAAGCGAAACACCAAAACAGUUACUUGUUCGCUUCCUGAUCGAGAACUGGCAGCCUUUCUCAUUAUCUGGUAUCAUGAAAGGGGCGGCUAAAUUACAUCAUGACUAAGUCGAAUAAGGGGUGCUCUGGUAAAAUCCGAGUGGAACGAGGACCAACUUGGAUGAGAUUACGGCGACGGUCCAGGUUCCUUCUGGAGACUUCCGCCUCGUCCUCCCU